AGUCAAAACGACAUGUUGCAGUGGCAGUUGACGACUGAUUACUGGAGCGGAUCUUCGUGAAUCGAGACUUUCUGGAACAUGAGCUGCAGAGGUACGGGGAGACGUAUUUCAUGGAGACUAUAUGGUUGGAUAAGAUGUAUGGGGUCGAGGAAUUCGCGGUUCGCAGGAUGGCAGGCACUUUGCUUCCAUGGCACGAGAUUCGUUGGAGUGAGUCGAUCGAUAUGACCCGCGUACAAAUGUCUAUGGUGUUUUAUCACUCGGAUACAUUCAUAAUCAUGGUGAUCAUCAAACGGUCAUCAGAUUUAGAACGGAGAACGAGGUCGAACAUGGGGUUUUCCUUUCGACUAAGCAUCUAGCAGAACGGGCUAUCUCCAGAAUGGAUCCAAUGGUAUCUUUGGCCAACAAAUAUGCUGACCUGGUGUGGGCUAACCACAUCUC